AUGGCAAGUCCAUCGACCUCGUCGUGCUCACCGUCCUCAACAGUGCCAACACCCUCUUUCAAUGACCAUCUAUCCUAUCCAUCCGAUAUCGACCCCGAACCCACCUCCGAGCAGCAACAACCACAACAGCCUCGGCAACUUCUCAAAGAUAGACUCUACAUCGGAAACCUCCAUCCCACCGUUGACGAGUACUCACUCCUUCAAGUCUUUUCAAAGUUUGGCAAAGUUUCCAAGCUCGAUUUCCUCUUCCACAAGACCGGGCUCCUCAAAGGCAAGCCUCGCGGGUACGCAUUCAUCGAGUACGGAAGCAAAGAUGUAAGUGUCCCUCUCCCCCUCCCUCCCCCUCUCCCUCCACGUCUUUCUUGCGUGAUGCCUGCUUUGAGGACUCUAUUGCUCACCCUGGCUUUUCCUUUUUCUUGUCACGCAUCGCAUGAAUCGCCGAUUCUCAAAAUCUGCUGUCGAUGCAGUACGAUUGCCAGGGAUUCGAGUCCCCGUCACACAACCACGACCCCGUGCUUUCAUGUCGGGAAGAGAGAAAAGAAGAGGCUGAUCAUAUCGCAUUGA